AUGAAUUCGCUGCUCGAGUAUCUGCCUCCAGCCGAGGGUCUCUUGCCCAAAUGGAUCUUCUUCAUCUCGAUUGUAUCGCUCGGUAACAGCAUACAAGCCUACCUCUCUCUUGGUCCGACACAGAAAGUCUAUUGCGGCUCGAAGACCGUCCCAGCUGGUGUCCCGGCCAGCACCGUUCCCAGCACAUCGCCCGUCACGCCUCUUUCAGCUCGUACCUUUGGCACCUGGACCGCAAUUACUGCCAUUGUUCGUCUCUAUGCCGCCUACAACAUCAACAGUAAGCCCAUGUAUGAGUUGGCUUUCUGGACAUAUAUCGUUGCCUUUGCCCACUUCAUGUCCGAGUGGUUGGUCUUUGGCUCUACUCGAUGGGGCAAGGGUCUCGCUGGGCCUGCCAUUGUUGCUACCACCUCUUUGAUCUGGAUGUACACCCAGUGGGAUCACUAUGUCAAGGCAUAG